AUGUGCACAGAAGUCUUUAAAGAGGAGUAUGGGUUGUACCAGGAGAAGGUGUACUGCUUUGUGCAUCUGAGCAUCCAGGAGUAUCUCGCUGCUUUAUAUGUGUUUCUGUCAAACUCAUCAGCUGACCUGCUGAUGACUGCAGUGAAUCAGGCAUUAGAAAGCAAGAAUGGACACUUGGACCUCUACCUCCGCUUCCUCCUUGGUCUCUCAACAGACUCCAGUAAGACUCUGUUACAAAGGCUACUGGGGCCAACAGGAAUCAACUCACAUACCAUUAAGGAAACAGCUCAAUACAUCAAGGAGAAAAUACAGGAGAAUUUAUCUCCAGAAAGGACCAUCAACCUGUUCCACUGUCUGACUGAACUGGGUGACAAUUCCCUAGUAGAGGAAGUACAAAGAUACCUGAAUUCAGGAAACAUUUCAGCAGAUGACCUCUCACCUGCACAGUACUCAGCUCUGGCCUUUGUGAUGCUGAUGUCAGAUGAGGAGCUGGAUGUGUUUGAUCUGAAGAAAUACAUCAGAUCAGAUGAAGAGCACUGCAGGCUGCUGCCUGUGGUCAAGAACUCCAGGACGGCUCUGCUGAACAGCUGUGAUCUCAUAGAUAAACACAGUGAUGUGCUGUCUUCAGCUCUAAGAUCAAACUCUUCCCCCCUGAGAGAGCUGGACCUGAGUGACAAUAACCUGAAGGAUUCAGGAGUGAAGCUGCUCUCUGCUACACUGGGGGAUUUACACUGUAAACUGGAGAUAUUGAGGCUGUCAGGUUGUAGAGUCACAGAAGAAGGCUGUUCUUCCCUGGAUUCAGCUCUGAGGUCAAACCCAUCACACCUGAGAGAGCUGGACCUGAGCUACAAUCACCCAGGAGAUUCAGGAGUGAAGCUGCUCUCUGCUGUACUGGAGGAUCCCAGCUGUAAACUGGAGAAGCUGAAUGUGGAUCACGGUGGAGAGUGCAGGACCAGACCAGGCUUACAGAAAUACUCCUGCCAGCUGACGCUGGACCCCAACACAGCAAACAGAUUCCUGUCUCUGUCAGGGGGGAAGAGGAAGGUGACAGGGGGGGCAGAGCAGCCAUAUCCUGAUCAUCCAGAGAGAUUUGACAGCUGGAACCAAGUUCUGUGCAGAGAGAGUCUGACUGGCCGCUGUUACUGGGAGGCUGAGUGGGAUGGAUUUGGUGCCUGGAUAGGAGUCACUUAUAAAGGGAUCAGGAGGAAAGGAGGGAGGGACUGUGGACUUGGAUACAAUGACAAGUCAUGGAGUCUGUGCUGUAAUACUGACAGAUACUCUGUCUGGCACAAUAAUAAAGAGACUCUCAUACCCAUAAAGCCCUCAGGCUCCCGCAGAGUAGGAGUGUAUCUGGACUGGGGGGCUGGUGCUCUGUCCUUCUACAGAGUCUCCUCUGAUGGACUGACCCCCCUGCACAGAUUCACCUCCUCAUUCACUGAGUCCCUCUAUCCAGGGUUUGGGGUUCAUUAUAGAAACUCCUCAGUGUCACUGUGA